AGACGCCCUAAUGCACACCCCACCCCCAACCCACCAACGCGCUUCACCCUUUUCAUAUAUAGAACAACACUUUCCUUAUAUAGCCAAAUUCAAUCACAAUACUGAUUGUGAAGUCUCCUUUUGUCUUCUUCAACAACAAUUUUUUUCUCUUCCUUUUUUUUUUUUUCCCCUCGAAAAACUCCUUCCUAUUUCUGCAAUUUCCUCGUCUGAGAGAGAAAGUAGUGCGGUGUGAGAUCGGAGAUGGGGAGAGGAAAGAUAUUGAUAAGGAGGAUCGAUAAUUCAACGAGCAGGCAAGUAACGUUCUCGAAAAGGAGAAAUGGAUUGUUGAAGAAGGCCAAGGAGUUAGCGAUUCUGUGCGAUGCCGAAGUCGGAGUCAUUAUCUUCUCCAGUACUGGAAAACUAUAUGAAUACUCAAAUACCAGCAUGAAGUCGGUGAUUGAAAGAUACAACAGAACAAAGGAGGAGAAUCAUCAAUUGGCAUCUCCAACUUCUGAGGUUAGGUUUUGGCAAAGGGAAGCGGCAAUGCUAAGGCAACAACUACAAAACUUGCAAGAGAAUCACCGACAAAUGAUGGGUGAAGAGCUUUCUGGUCUGAGCGUCAUAGACUUGCAGAACUUGGAGAGCCAACUGGAAGUGAGUCUCCGUGGUGUUCGUGUGAGAAAGGACGAAAUUCUGAUUGAUGAGAUACAAGAACUAAACCGAAAGGGAACCCUCAUCCAUCAGGAAAACAUGGACCUAUAUAAGAAGGUAAACCUAAUUCGUCAAGAAAAUAUGGAAUUGUAUAAGAAGGUUUAUGGAAAUAGAUAUGCAAAUGGAGUGCGCAGAAGUUCCCUGGCUUCAAAUGGUUUAAGCAUCAAUGAGGACCCUCACGCGCCUGUUCAUCUCCAGCUUAGCCAGCCACAGCAACAGAACUAUGAGACAUCAGGAACUUCUGAAUUGGGGCUACAACUGCAUUAGCAGUGAAAACCAGACUCAUAAGAGUUUUUAGCUCUCGUGUUGAAGAAGAAGCCCGUUCUUACAGAGCUAUGUUUAAUUAGUAAUUGUAGUAAUGAUAUAGAACCCAGAGAUGCAAGAAAAAGUCUUCAAUUCAUAUGGUAAAUGACAUCAAGUUUGACGAGUGCAAGGUAACCCUUAGCACAGCUACUUAAAUCAAGAUAACAACAAAUAAAAGAAUACAUUGGCACAGUA